UCUUGAUAAAUUGAGCAUCCGAGGUAACUACGUGUUAAAUACAACAUAUCUCCUUGUACAAUUUUUUGUCCUUUGUCAUACAACGUAGGAAGUAUUUCAGGAAUUCAACUUUAAUCAAUGAAACUGUAUUCCAUUUUUUUACGCUGCUUACAGCGUUCUUUUUCGACGGGAUCACGAAGUCUGAAUGCAAUCAAGCUUGAACAUCUGAAACCGGAAGUGGUGCUUAGUGAGAAAAAUCGGAAAUCCUUUAUUGAAAAAUUUAAGGCUGUUAUAAUACCACAGAUAGAUGGUGAUGUGCAACAUGCCGCUGUUUUAGUGCCACUAUGCAUGCACAAAGGCGAGCUAGGUUUUUUAUAUACCUUAAGAUCUACAAAAGUAACAUCGAAUCGUGGACAAGUAUCAUUUCCGGGUGGUAUGUAUGACAAAGAAGAUGGUGAUCUGGAACAAACUGCAUUACGCGAAACGUGGGAAGAACUUCAAAUUCCAAGAGAAAAAAUUGACGUUUGGGCCUCUGGUAAAAUGAUCGAUAAAAAAAACGUCAAGGUUUUGCCUGUUUUUGGUUACAUUGGAGAAAUUGAUCCAGAAAAACUUCUAAUUAAUAGAGAUGAAGUGGAAGAAGCUUUCUUCCUAAGUUUACGAAAUCUUUGCGAUCUUUCAUUAUGUCGGUUUACUCAGUUUCGUAAUAAUUAUACUUUACCGGUUUAUUUGGGCGGGAAACACCGUGUUUGGGGUUUCACUGCGGCAAUAACGCAUAUGGCUCUGAAUGCUCUUCUACCUGACACUUACAAGCACAAACUCGUAUAUUUGCGGCCAAUUUUACCAAGCAAAGAGAAUAAGAAUAUUUUUCAAUCAUAAAACAUUAUAAUAAUUAAUCUGUAUUUUAUCUUCUAUGUACAUGUUAUAAUUGAUAUAAAAAAUUAAA